AUGGUGGAACCUGCGACCACGAAACCCGUCCACACGAUUGUCCUCGACGCCGGCCCCAUUCUCAAGAAUAACCCCCCACUUUCUACCCUACUGGCACAAUGCGAGGAACUCGUUAUCACGCCCUCGGUGGUUGCUGAAAUUAGAGAUCCCGAUGCCCGUCAACGAGUUGAAACUUUAUACUUUCCGUUCUUGAAACAACGCAGUCCGUCUCCGAAAAGCGUCGCUUUACUGGCCGAGUUUGCGAGGAAGACUGGCGACAGGGCAGUGCUGAGCAGAACCGAUAUUGAGGUCUUGGCUCUCGCAUAUGAAGUUGAGUGUGAGAGGAAUGGCGGAGACUGGCGGCUACGUAGCGUCCCCGGUCAGAAACAAGUGAAUGGCAAGCCUCCUGUGAAGGUGGCCGAAAAGGAACCGGAGCAGGCCCAGGAGGCCGCGAAGACGGAAGAGAUCACGGAACAACCAGCCAUCGAGCAGGUCACUGAAGAUCUUAAAACUACGUCACUCGAAAACAAGGAACAGGAAUCUACUGUUGAGACUUCGGAGACGGAAGCCGCCGUGACAGAAAAGAGCGAGCAAGAAGAUCCCGAGGCCAAAAACCAAACUGGAAACGAGGAAGACGGAGACGUUUCUGACGGCGGCGAGUGGAUUACGCCAUCAAACUUGAAAAAGCGACAGGCCCGCGAUGAAGCCGGCUCAACAACCACUGCCCCAGAGCCCAAAGUGAUGCAAGUUGCAACAAUGACUACUGAUUUUGCGUGUCAAAACGUUUUGCUGCAAAUGAAUCUAAACCUUCUGUCUACAACCACGCUGCAGAGGAUCAAACAUCUGAAGUCUUUUGUCAAACGCUGCCACGCAUGUUUCUCAACUACCAAGGACAUGAACAAACAGUUCUGUCCGCGCUGUGGUGGAGACACUCUCACUCGUGUAUCAUGCACCACCGGCGCCAAUGGACAGUUCAAGAUGCACCUGAAAAAGAAUAUGCAGUGGAAUAAUAGAGGAAACGUUUUUAGCGUUCCUAAGCCUGUCCAUGGCAGCUCCAACGGAAAGUGGAACGGUGGCGGCGGCAAAGGCGGCUGGGGUACAGAGCUGAUCCUUGCUGAAGACCAAAAGGAAUAUACCAGAGCUACGGCGGAGCAGAACCGCAAGCUUCGGAGAGAACGAGACUUGAUGGAUGAUGACUACCUUCCCGGUAUUCUCACUGGAGAAAGGAACAAGCAGACCGGCCGUAUCAGGGUCGGAGCCGGAAGACACGUGAAUUCCAGAAAGCGAUGA